AUGUCUGAUACUGAUGGACUAGUGAAUCUGGUAGCGUCAGAUGGGAGUGAGCACACAAUAUCAAUUGAAGCAGCUUUACUUUCACCGACCUUGAAAACCAUGCUGGAAGGUCCGUUUAAGAAAGACGGUUCCAAAAUUGAAUUAACAAAUUUUGAACCACAUGUUGUCCAGAAGGCUGCUGAAUACUUGCAACACAAGUUGAAGUACCAAGACGUUGAUGUCAAGAAGGAGGAUGUGCCUGAAUUUGUGGUCCCCACAGAAAUGUCAUUGGAAUUGUUACUAAUUGCCGAUUAUUUGAAUAUAUGA